AUGGCGGAUCUAGUGGGGGCCGAGAUCGUGGUGGAGCAAGACACCCCCUUUUCGACGCCAAAGCGAUCGAGUCGCGUGGUGAGGCCCACGAGCAAAGUCCGAGACACGGCGCGACAACUUGAAGACACCGCGAAAGAAACGAAAAAGAGCACCCGAUACGCGACGCGAACGGCACCGGCUGAAGAGCAGAUCGACCGACCGGCAGAAGUUCGAAAGAGCAGCAGCAGUGGCAGCAGCAGCAACGAUGGAAGGGCAAUGCUUCAGAAGGCCUUGGACCUCCUGGGCGAGUCGCGUAGGGAGACCAAAUGGCUGAAGGAAGCGCUGAAGGAACAGAUGGAAAUGACCAGGGAACUCAAGGAAAUUGUUAAGAGGCAGGAAGAGACGGUGCAGGAGAUGGGCAGACAGCUGGUUGAGAUCAAGCAGCAGAUGACCGAGGAGCUACAGCAAGCCCGCGAGCAGCUCGAAGCCAUCGCGACGAACGCGACAGAUGGACCCCAACGAUCAUACGCCGACAUCACGCGAUCGACACCAUUUCCUCAGCACAACAGUCCCAGGAUCUCGGUCCCAACCGCUUCACCGAAUCCCAUGGACGUGCUUUACUGCACGGUCGACGUAUCGAGAACAGAAGAAGGAGAGGACGACAGGCCCUCGGCCGGAACGAUCCGGUCAAUGGUGGAAAGUGGAGUGCGCUCCGAGCUAGACAACCCUUCGUGGCGAUGUCGGGCGGUCACCAAGGACCCCAAGAACCCGCAUCGCAUCAGGAUCACCUGUAGGGACGAUGGCGAGCAUGAAGUUGUGAAGCGGAUAGCGGAAGUGAAGCUGCCUCGAGGAGCACGUAUCAUGCGAGACGAUCUCUACCCCAUCAAGGUGGACAACGUCAAUCGCACCGCCGUGCUAGACGAGAUGGACGAAGUCCGAUCAGGGGCCGCUGAAGCCUUUAGCCAAGAGAACGACACCCAGGUUGCAAAGAUAGCGUGGCUCAGCAGAAGAGACACUCCCAAGGCGUACGGUUCAAUGGUUGUUUACCUCAAAAGACGCUCGGAAGCAAGACGGUUCAUCGAUGAAGGGUUCAUCUUUGCCGGAGGAGAAUCCGGAACCACCAAGACAUCACGGACCACAAAGCCUAUCAGUGCGACAGACCACAAGUUUGCGGCAGAUGUGCCAAAGAAGGCCAUCACCACAGCGGAUGCAUGGAAACGAUCCCGAAAUGCGUCCCGUGCGGAGGCCCCCACGAAUCGUUUAGCAGAAAUUGCCGGAAGCUUUACCCAUCCCAGCAUGAGUAGAACUUUCCAACUGUUCCAACUGAAUGUAAGGAAACAAGGCGUGGUACACGAUAGUUUGAUGAACGACAAGAAAAUCGAGGACGCAACGGUAUUGGCCAUCCAGGAACCCCAAGCGCGGAGAAUCCAGGGCAGGCUCUUGACGACCCCCAUGGGGCAUCACAAAUGGAUCAAAAUGGUACCGACGGCUGAAAGAGAAGGUAGAUGGGCAAUUCGGAGCAUGCUUUGGGUGAACAAGGAUGUGGAAGCGGAGCAGGUGCCGAUAGAGUCCCCGGACAUGACAGCAGCGAUCGUACGGCUGCCGGAUCGGCUGGUCCUGGCAGUAUCGGUCUAUGUACCGGGAGGAGAUGUCCAGGCUCUGCGAGACACGUGUAUCAACCUCCGCAAAACCAUCACGGACGUUAGAUGGGAAUCAGGGAGGGCGGUGGAUGUGGUCAUUGCCGGCGACUUUAAUCGCCACGACCAACUAUGGGGCGGAGACGAGGUAUCAAUGGAGAGACAGGGUGAGGCGGAUCCAAUCAUCGAUUUGAUGAACGACUUUAUGCUCAGGAGCCUCCUCCGACGAGGCACGAAAACAUGGCAAAGCGGAGACUACGAAACAACCAUUGACCUUAUUUUGGCCUCUGAGGAGCUCGCAGACACCGUCAUCAAAUGCACGAUACACGACACAGAGCAUGGAUCGGAUCAUCGCUCGAUCAACACGGCGUUCGACGUCUCGGUCCCCACGCCGAAGCAGCAAGAAAGACUUCUGCUUAAGAACGCGCCCUGGAAGAAGAUAAAUGAUAGGAUCACGGACAGACUGGGAAGCAGUCCAGCGGGAAACACCGUGCAGCAGAAAACAGACAGGUUGAUGUCGGCAGUCUUGGAGGCUGUCCAGGCGCUGACACCCAGAGCCAAGCCAUCGCCACACGCAAAGAGGUGGUGGACCGACGAUCUCACACAAUUGCGACAUGUGUACACAUACUGGAGGAACCGAGCCCGGACCGCAAGACGCGCAGGAACGAGCACUUCCGACCUGGAAAGUACGGUAAAGGGGGCGGCAAAGCAAUAUCACGACGCCAUACGACAACGGAAGAAUUCUCACUGGAACGAGUUUCUAGCGGACAACGACAACAUCUGGAAGGCAGCCAAGUACCUAAAGUCCGGCGACGAUACGGCGUUCGGAAAAGUCCCGCAGCUAGUGAAAGCAGACGGGACAACAACGACCAACCACAAGGAGCAGGCCGAAGAGCUACUAGCCAAAUUCUUCCCGCCAUUGCCAGACAACAUUGAAGACGAAGGUCCGAGGCAACAGAGAGCUCCAGUAGUGAUGCCUACAUUCACCUUGGAGGAGGUGGAACGACAACUGUUCGCGACUAAGUCAUGGAAGGCGCCAGGAGAAGACGGACUACCAGCGAUUGUCUGGAAGCAGGUCUGGCCGUCAGUAAAACACGACGUCCUCACCAUCUUUCAAGCAUCACUUGAGGAAGGCGUGAUACCGGACCAGUGGAGGCAUGCCCGGAUAAUCCCACUCAAGAAACCAGGCAAAGAUGAUUACACGAUCGCGAAAGCGUGGAGACCAAUCUCGCUUCUCGCCACGCUCGGUAAAGUGUUGGAGUCGGUGGUCGCCGAGAGAAUCUCCCACGCUGUAGAAACUCACGGGCUUCUUCCGACCAACCACUUCGGCGCGCGGAAGCAGCGAUCGGCAGAGCAAGCCCUCGUACUUCUACAAGAACACAUUUUCUCGGCAUGGCGCUCGCGCCAUGUCGUGAGCCUUAUCAAUUUCGAUGUGAAAGGUGCGUACAACGGCGUGUGCAAAGAGAGGCUGCUGCAGCGGAUGAAGGCGAGAGGGACCCCGGAAGGCCUCCUGCGCUGGGUCGAUGCCUUCUGCUCAGAGCGAACCGCAACCAUUAUGGUCAACGGCCAAAGCUCCGAGAGCCGGCUGCUGCCACAGGCGGGGCUUCCGCAAGGAUCACCCCUAUCGCCGAUCUUAUUUCUGUUCUUCAACGCGGAUUUAGUCCAGACCCAAAUCGACAGGAACGGCGGCGCCAUCGCAUUCGUCGACGACUACACCGCGUGGGUGUCAGGACCGACAGCCCAGAGCAACCGAACAAAGAUACAAGCAAUCAUCGAUAAGGCUUGCGACUGGGAGAAGCGAAGCGGUGCGACCUUUGAGGCGGAAAAGACGGCGAUUAUACAUUUCACUAGGUAUACUGGCAGGGUAGACGUGGAGCCGUUUACCAUCAAGGGUGAGGAAGUUCGGCCAAAGGAACAGGUCAAGGUCCUUGGGGUCAUCAUGGACUCGCGGCUCCACUACAAGCAGCACAUUGCAAGAGCAGCGACCAAAGGCCUAGAGGUGGCAAUGGAGCUGAAACGACUCAAAGGGCUGGCUCCCUCUGCAACGAGACAACUCUUCACGGCCAUGGUAGCCCCCAAAGUGGACUACGCCUCCAACGUCUGGAUGCACGCAUGCAAGACGAGACCGGCAGCUGCCAUCCAGCGAGUGCAAAGACUAGGAGCACAAGCAAUCAUAGGGUCCUUCACAAGCGUGGCGACAGGAGUAGCGGAAGCGGAAGCCUACAUAGCGACCAUCUACGAACGGUUCUGGAGAAGAGCGAGCAAGCUUUGGGUAGAUCUACAUACUUUGCCACGGACCAACCCACUCCGUAGCCUCCCACGGGGAAUCAAGGCGUUCAAGCGGUUCAUCUCCCCACUCAGGCGUAUUGCGGACGUUUGCAAGGAAAUACCAAAGGGCACCAUGGAAGUGAUUCAGCCAUACACUCUAGCACCCUGGGAGGCACGCAUGCAAGCUACACUGAGCGACAGGGGGGAGGAAGAAGAAGACAAGGUCAAGGACUUGGCUCAGGCCCGAUGGGCAGUCAGAAUGGCGACCAGUAGUUCUGCAAGGAACGGACUGGUCGGCAUGGGAGGAACUGUCCGGCUUCCGCUCUCCAUGGCAAAAGCGGGCAAAAUCGUCGAAACCUUUUCAGUCACGCUGGGUACGAGGGAAGAACACAACCCCUACACAGCUGAGCUGGCAGCUAUCGCUCACGGCCUCAAAUGGCUGCCGGAGAUGAGGUAUCGAGUCGUUGUCAUCCUGACAAGCAACAAAUCCGCGGCGCAGGCCAUACGCAAUCCCCGUCAACAAUCCGGACAAGGGCAUAUCCGGGACAUAUACAACUCCAUGGAGGCGCUUCAGAGAGACAAGAACAGGGUCAACAUAGUCUGGUUACCCUCGCGCGCUGGACUCAAAGUCCAGAGAAUAGCCAAGACAUCAGCCCGCCAAGCAACGGAGCCAUACGCCACGCCACAACGAACAUCAGUGAAAGCAAUGUCCACCAUUCUGAACCAAACAAGGGCAGAGCUCCGAAGCGAACGAAGACUACCAGAAGGGGUGGGUAGACACUCCAGAAGGGUUGAUUCAGCCCUGCCUGGAAGACACACUCGCCUACUAUAUGACCAGCUGUCAUGGAAGGAAGCCAGCGUGCUGGCACAGCUAAGGACCGGAAUGGCCCGGCUCAACGGUUAUCUGUAUCAGAUUCGAGCUGCGCCGACAGAUGAGUGCCCGACCAAGAAGAAGAGCGAUGACUAG